AUGAAUCAUAGUGGUUGGUGUGAGAUAUCUUGUCUCGUGACUCGAGGGCUACAUAUCGGAGACGAGUUACUUAUUCUUGGAGGUCACUGGUACUGCGCGUGUAUCCUUGAGACCUGGAGGAAGUCUCACAACGGUUUCAAGCAGGGAGGGCGCAACGGCGUGUUUCCACAGCCGCCGCCAUUCGACGCGCUAUUAGUUGGCGGUAACAGAGCACGAGAUGGUAGUCACACCCUGACCCGGCCCUCAUACAUGCCUUCUCAUGAGCCGUGUCAUUCCAGACCAGUUGGCCAGCUGCAAGUCCAGCGCCACCCGCCGUCGACUCUUAAGACCCGCUAUAAUCACCGUUACACGAUGGGAGUUGACAUGUAUAUAAGCCUUGCGUUAAGUUCCGGAGGUUUCAGGAUUACUAGUACUGCGGCCCCUGCAUAUACACACAUCACGACUUUGAUUGAAAUCGAUAUGAGUCAUGUAGGACGAGUGAUCGCAUAUGAUCUCAAAUCCAGUCAUGCCGGUACCGCUACUCGGCCAGUACAUGCUUGUAACCAGGCGAGUUCAGUGGAUCUUCAGAUGAGACGCAUCUUGACACUAUGCAUUAGGUCUACUAGAGUAGCGCCUGGUGGUGAAUACUAA